AUGUUGACAGAUCCCGCCCACUGCCCGCCACGACCGCGCACGGCAGUGCCGUCUGACGUGGCUGACUACCGGCCUGCUGUCGCAGCGGCUUUGCGGGGUGCGAAGCGAGGCGGCGCGGCAGGGCUAACUGGCAUGCGAGCAGAGCAUUCAAAAGUCCUGCUCCAGGACCAGCCAGCACUGGAGUUCCUCGCUUAUGCUGCAACCCGGCUGGCAAAUGCGCAGGUGCCAGCCGACAUCGUCCCAGGCAUCGCUUUAGCUCGCCUCACUGCUCUCAGCAAGCGUGCGCGGCAUAGCGACAAGGGACGUUUUCGAGCGCCCUUGCGAAGAGUUGGGCAACCGCUUUUGACAGAGCCAUGCGGCCCUUAUCAGUUUGCCUUCCAAGUGCGAGCGGGCGCGGACGCACUGGCGGCCCAUGUCCGCGUGCAGGAGCCCAACCAAGUGCUGGUGUCGCUGGAUGGGCGCAGUGCGUAUGACAGCGUCUCGACGGCGCUCAAGUCCGUCGCUCCCGAACUCCUCCCCUUCGUGCUAUGGUCCUUCCACGUACUGUUGGUGGGACGCGUCGGGGGCAUUGUCGCGAUGUCGCCCAAGGAGAGGGAUGCGAGCAAGGUGACCCGCUGGCUCCGGCACUUUUUGCCCUUGGCCAGCAUGCCGCUUUAUGCCAGGCCUCGUCCGCGCUCCACGCCUCCGAGCGACUUUUAG